AUGGCGGUUUCCCACUCUUUCUUCUUCAAAUCGAUUGUCAACUUCUCCACCACCACCGCCGCCACCAAAGAGGCGGAAUCCACCCAGAAUGCUGACACGGUGGAUUACCUCAUCAACUCGCUCGGCUUCUCCAAGGAUGCUGCCAUAGCCACUCUAAAUAAGGUACCUCACUCCCGUCCUUCUCCGAAGAAGGCCGAUUCAAUGGUCAAUUAUCUAGAAAAUUUGGGCAUAAGUAAAACCCACAUCAGAAGUAUGGUUUCUCAAACCCCGAAGUUGUUAUGUUGCAAGAUGGAUAAAACCCUAGAACCCAAAGUUAAGUUUUUUCGAGAACUUGGUCUCUCCGGGUCGGCCCUUGUCAAAGCUAUCUCGGGUUGCUGGUGUCGAGGAUUAGAUACAACAAUCAAAUCUGGAGUUUCAUAUUUAAAAAAAUUGACGGGUUCUGAUGAUAAUGUAGUAUUGGUGUUAAAAAGAUGGCCUAGGGUGCUUGUUUUUUUGGACGUGGAAACUGUGGACAAGAAUCUAAAGCUGCUGAUAAACUAUGGUCUUACCCAUGAUGAUAUUGUGAAAUGGAUCACUAGACAUCCGAGCAAUUUUUUCACCAUAAGGCCUGACCACAUGAAAGAUACUUUACAUAGAGUAGAAAAUGUUUUGGGCAUUCCUCGUAAUUCAGCUAUGUUCCUCUAUGGGGUUGAGAUCUUCUCUUCACACGAUAGGUCAAGGGUUGAUGAGAAAUUCGGAGUGUUCCGAAGUUUCGGCUGGCCGGAAUCGAGUCCGGACUACUUGGCUUCCCACCCAGUUUUUCUUACACUUAGUUUUGAGAAGAGGGUGAAGCCACGGAAUGAAGUUUUGAAAAUUCUUAACGAGAAGAAGUUGAACAAGAACAAGGUAGGUUUGUUUACUGUUGUGAUCUUGCCUGAGUCAAAGUUUCUGAAGUAUUAUAUUCUUCCUUACAAAGACAUGCUGCCAGAUCUGUAUAACACUUAUCUCAGUAAAGCUAAAAUACCAGAAGCCGAGCAAUGAUAAGGUGUUUCAGGUAAUAUACUCUUCAGUUAGGUGUUUCAUGUGUUGUUACUCUUGCUUCAUCAUUUGUUUCGUUCAGUAUUUAGUCUGUCUUGUUGUCGCGGCUCAUUUCAAGGAUAAGAGAUAUGCUUAUAAUUUUCCAAUUCCUGAAGGAGCAUUCUUGAUGAAGUGUUGCAAGCUUAUCACCAUAAGCAACCAACCUUCAACAACAAGAAUACAAUGUUUUAUUAUUCAAUCAGAAAAAUGCGUAAACUUGUGACUGACUAUAUUGAUAUCUUCAUUGUAUAAUCUAAUAUUUUCUCUCGCUUAGGUCUACGAUAUGUGUAGGUUGGAAUUUUAUUACCUUUGGAGUGAAUGUACUAGUUAUCUUAUGUUGUCCUGCGAGUGCUCGGUAAUUUAAUGGCUAAUAUUGACUCGGUUUAUUUCGACCUCCUAAAAUCUAUCUGCUGGCUUGAAUUGGUAAUAUGAUUCGGAAGCGUGUGGUUUUGGAGUAACAUAUGUUAUAAGUGUUGAAAUACUACUAAUGUUAAGUGAAUCUUUAAGAAGUCCAACUCUAGUAUGUUGAAUAUUAAGCUAACUCCUUGUGUGAGAAUUCCUCAGGACUGCUCCUUGCUGACGGGGUACAAGCUGUACGUGUGGUUUUACCCCUUCAAAAUAGCAGUUUGGUGUGAAAAAGGUGUAAUAUCAUAUGGGCCACUAGUAGAGAUUGAGUUAAAUAUUUGCGAUCAAUCAUGUUUUUAUGCAGUAUGGCAUAAGACUUUGGUGAAAUUAUCUGCCUUUCCUACUCCAUGAUGUUUUGGAGCACAUCUCACCAUCUGAUUUAUUGUUACAUUUUAUUUAGUUGCCAUUUGGGUAGAUAUCUCUUUGGUGAGAUUAUCUUAGUCCAGCAUGGGGAGAUUGUCUUAGUUAUGCAAAGGACAAGGUGGAAGUGGUGCUUUUUAAAAUUGAUAAUUGGUGGUAUGUAUGCAGGAACAAGAGGAUCAAGAAUUCGAUGCAAAAAAUCCUCACUGAAUUCAGUUUUUUGAAAAACAUUGUCAGACAGAGGAAAAGAAGUUCCAAGUGGUUGAACAUUUCCAGUGUUGGAGGGAGGACUGCAGAUCAUACUGUGAGGAAAUGACAGUUUUUGUUAUGUCAAACUGAGGAGGGUAUGUAUAAUUGGAAGUCCGGCAUUUGGAUUUUAUGCUGAAAGCCUAUCACAAAUCGGGCAGCGUUUGUUAUUGAUCCCUUACAAAUUAUGAUAAGAUGUAGUUUCAAAAUCACAGUACUUUCUUCUUAUUUAGUUAGUCUUCUUAUUAAUCUUUUGUUUCAGUUCUUCAUCACAAUAUAGCCCUGGAACUAGACUUCCCCGGACUGUGUUAUGCAGGUCUAGAAAGUGAAGCACCUAUGAUCAAACAAUAAAAAUAUCACAAGCGGUGGAUCGUCAUUAUCACUUGGUCAAAAGUUCAAACCAAAAUUCAACGUGCGCAACUUGCUGUGAUUACACCUUACAAGUUACGAGAGAGCAGAGGAAGCAGAGCCAUUACUAAACCGGACAAUUUUAGUGGUGUUCUCUUCUUUCUUAUGAUUCCUAGCCUUGGCAAGGGAGAACCCUUUUUGUUGAUGUUGUGGCUGAACAUUGUAUAAUGCUCACAAUUUCUAAGAGUAAAAACUCCCUAAAUUAAUACUUUAUAAAUUAAUAAACUCUAUU